GGAUGUGGGUUGAGACGGAGUUGAGUCUUGGGCUUCCGGGGAGCCUUGAUGGGAAUUGUGCGGGAUUUGGGAGGCGGGGGAGGGGAUGAUGGAAGGUCGAAGGCUAGUGAAGGUGGUUCAGCUGCUGUUUUGUCCUUCUUUUUCAGGCAGCGAGUGCCUUGAACUGGAGAGUUCAAUGGCUGAGAGUAGGCUCCAGGCUCCGGACCUAGGGCCUCAGCUAGGAGUUUCCAGUUGUCUGGGGAAAUGCCAGAAGAGCUCACCAGAUGCUGGGAGGCAGCCCUUUUCUGGAAAGUCCUUUUACUUGGAUCUGCCCGCUGGCAAGAACCUUCUGUUUUUGACGGGGGCCAUCCAGCAGCUGGGUGGGGUAAUUGAAGGCUUUCUGAGCAAAGAAGUAAGUUACAUCGUGUCCAGCCGCAGGGAGGCGAAGGCCGAGAGCAGAGGGACAAAUCACAGAGGCUGCCGCAGCCCCAGCGAGGUCACAGGGGAAACGCCGUCCACGGCCAACCCAAAGGGCAGCCGUGCCAGGCCCGCACAGAAAGCCGUGGACUCGGUGCCUCUGAGCAGAGGGAAGGAGCUCCUGCAGAAGGCGAUCAGAAACCAGGGCAGCAGCAGCGGAGGCAGUGGCGGGCGCGGCAGCAGCCUCCUGAGCAGCGCGCGCUCCUGGGGGGUGCGGAUUCUCCACGUGGACGACAUGAUAACGCACGUGCAGCAACUGUCUCUCGAUGCGCCAUGUGGGAAGAAACAAGGGCCAAAGAAGCCAGAGGGAACGUGUCCAGCAGAGUCAAGAACACGGCAAGUGGCCAGACUGAAGGCACCAUUCCUCAAAGUCGAAGAUGAGAGCAGGAAGUUUCGUCCUUUCCACCAUCAGUUUAAAUCCUUUCCUGAAAUUUCUUUUCUGGGACCCAAAGACGCAAGUCCCUUUGAGGCUCUGAUGACUCCAGGCAGCUCGCACCAUACCAGAGAAGCCAAGGACCAAGAGCCAAGCCGGAGAUCGGCUGCCCGCCUUGUACCCAGGAGGAAGAAGGGGUACUGCGAGUGCUGCCAAGAGGCCUUUGAGGAGCUGCAUGGGCAUCUUCAGAGCCCCCAGCACCGGGGCUUUGCUCUGGAAGCCCACUCGUACACUGAAGUCGAUCGGAUCAUCGCCCAGCUGAGCCACAGCUUUGCAGACAUCCACUUCCAGGCCAGCCUCCCCGGGCAGCCAGGCUCCUUGGCUUCCGAUUGUGACCUCCUGUGUGCUGAGACUCCGCCUCCCAGCCAGCCCUCCCACCUCAGGGCAGCAUCUCCCGGGAGGAGGAAGGAAGAUCACCGGGCCCCAGGGGUCCCAGAGCACGACAGGACAGUGGGCGGCAUGGAGACACCAGCCGAACCUGAACCUGUGGAGGCUGGCACGAUACCUGGAUCAAUAGCAAGCCGCGAGGAGCCAGGAGGGUCAGCUGAUGUCUUCGUGGACCCCCCAGAGACACCAGUUUCCGGGAGCCCUGCUUACCAGUGCCUCCGGACCAGCUCUGAAUUUGCCGAACUCUCCUCUGGCCCAGACCUGGCACUUGUUGGCCACAAGCGGAAGGUUCAGUUCCCCAGCGGCAGUGCUGAGAAGAGGCCAGGGGUGUCCUGGCCACAGGCCUCAUUCUUUGUCCCACAAGCCCCCAGCUCCUGUGUCUCCAGGACAGCCAGUGGCAAGCAUGAUCUCUUCCUUCCCUUUCCAGGCCAUGAGCCCAGGCCUCUGGCCUGCCUCCAGCCCGUGUGUCACCCACAGACCUGCCUCUCCCUCCCGGGCCCCUUUCCAGGGCAGCCCACAGACAGGCCAGCAGAGUUCUGGGCCACACAGGCCCCCUGGCCUGGGGGAGGAUGCCCCCCAGGAUCUGAGGAUUCUGAGUGUGCAGCCCCUGGCCCCACAGCUCCGGGCCAGCUGCCAGUCCCCCUGCACUCAGCUGCGGGCACACAGCCCCCAGGAGGACCUGCAGAGAGCCAAGCCACCUCUCUCCCCCCGCCGCUGCCAGCUAGCGGCGGGGCCAGCUUCUCCCAAUGGUCCUGGACCCCCGAGCCUCUCCCUGUCUCCCAGCCCCAACCCCAGCCCAGCACCAACAGAGAACUGCUCCUGUGAGCCCCCGUGGGCACGCGGCUCUGGGGCCAGACAGCUCCCGCCUGGAGGGCGAGUUAACGCCUCUGCUGAGCGCUGCACGCCCAGCCCCGGCCGACCAGGCACACGAGGAGGAGCCGUGCCACCCGGGGCCUGGCCCUUGAAGUCCACGUGAACAGCUGCAGUCACAGCCAAGCUCUGUGGGGUUGACACAGCGAGUUCUCCCACCCGCCGGGUCCUCAGGUGGGACCAAGAGGGCCUGGGCUGGGGGCCGUCCUCUCCCCUACCUCCAGCCAUGGCUUGUGCAGCCCUGGCCUGGCUUCCUGUCCCUCUGUAGGCACUUGCUGUGCAGAGCGAAGAGGGUUAGCUGUCGGUGUUCCCCCCUCCCACCCGCAGCCUCCUUUCCCACAAGCAUGUGUCUCUCCUUUCUGAGAUGCCUGCGGGUUGUCCCCUCCCCCAGCCACCCACCCCCCCACCCCCCUGCUGCUGCACACAGAUCCUCAGGAACAUAUGAAGCAGAGGAGGGGCUCGGCAGCAGCACUUCCAAAGCUCCCUCCCCGCUGCACUUAGUGGCGGCCCAGCGUUGACCUCUCCCCGGAGCCCAGGAUGGGGCCAGAGCCCCCUCUGGGGACCCCUCUCAGCUCGUCCCUGCCGCUCAGCUCCAGCUGCGCACCCACCCGAGUUCUGUUCCAGGGUCAGUGGCUCACCUGCCAACUUCUGCAUCACCCUCCUCCCUCCCUCCCUCCUUCCCCAAGGACCUCCCCCCAUUUCUUCCAGCCAAGCCAUUAAUCUGGAGACAGAGAUGAGUUUGCUAUCGAUUCUUUGGCCACUUUUUUUUUUAUUAUUAUUACAUUUUGUACUGUGGUUCUUCUCACCCUCUCUGCCUCUGUGUGUUUGUCUCUUUAAAUGUUGAAGCUACCAGCAGCCUGGUGCUAUUCUGUGUCUCAUUUUGGAGGACGAAAGGGGGGCCUAGCUGCUGGUGAGGACCUGAGUUGUUAGUUUGGAAAUAGAGCAACUGUGUGUACGCCCCUCAUAGAGGUUGUGUUUGGCCUUUUUAUGCCAUCCUGUUAAAUUUCACAAUCUUGGUUUGGGAGA